GAGGAGGCGUGUUCACGCGCACUACCCAGGCAGCAGGCAUCAUCCCCAUUGUGGUGUGUGGCCGAGUUAUUGCGCUCCGGAGCAGCAGCACCGCUCGUGAGGAUGCGGUGGCAGCUAUCAUAAUAUUUUCUACAGAAAGAAAAACAGGGGCACGUCCGUGUGGCAGCUUCGUUCGGACGCGCACGUUUUCAUCCGAGCGUGUGUGUGUGUUUUUUUUUCUUCUACAUCUCCCUUUUUCCAUGAACGCGCCCCCAUCGUCAACCUGCUGGGGGCCUAGAAGUGCAGCUGCACCCGGCUUUUUAUGAAUGGGAUGCUCGGUUCCCAGGCUGACUGAAUUUAAGGAGCAUCAAUAUUCCCUCCAAGGUCUCUAACAAGCAUCACAUUCAAGGUCUGGAAGCUCGUCUCAUCGGCUGACUGCAUCUUUUUCUUACCUCUUCGUGCAAAAGAAAAGGAAGCACCUAAUCCGGCGCCAUGCCAAUCCUAAAACAGCUCGUGUCUGGCUCCUCCCAGACCAAGCGCCGCUCACGCAUGGACCUGACCAGGGAGAUGAUCAGUGCCCCGCUGGGCGACUUCCGCCACACUAUGCAUGUCGGUCGCAGUGGUGAUGCCUUUGGAGAUACCUCCUUCCUCAGCACCCGCUCGGGAGAACCUCCCCCCGAUACCACGUCCUUCCCCCGCUCCCCCCGACCCGGCCUCCUGUCUCGCACCUUCAGGAGCAGCAAACGCUCCCAGUCUGUGACCCGAGUUGAUCAGCAGAGCGACAGCGGCCUGGUGCUCCCAGGCGGGUCACCGACCUACGUGAAGAACGCCAUGUCUCUGCCCUUUCUCAACGAUGAAGGCCGCAGCGACAUCAUGGGAGCAAUGAGUCUGUCCUCGAGUCCGCUGAAGCAGCAGCAUGACGAGGUGGACGGCAGAGGUGCGGCCGCAGCCACUCACUUCCUGGAACUGGAGGAGAGAGACUUUGGCGAGCUGACUGAGCUUCCGGAGAGCUCCUAUCACUGUGGAGGAGGAAUGAAGCACGCCGUGUCGGUGAUGUCUUUCCACGUCGACCUUGGACCCUCCAUGCUCGGCGACAUCCUGGGGGUGAUGGAAAAGGAGGAGGACGACCUUGGCUACGAGGAGGGCAAGAGCAGCGAGGGCCGUGCGUCACCACCCCUCAGCACGCAUGGCGAGGAUGAGGACAGCAUGGAGAAGGGCCAAGACGAGGAUACAGAGGAGCAGAUGGAGGUAGAGGCAGAGCUGCAGCGCUCCGUGCACCCACCCAGGUCUAUUGACAGGCAGCUUGAGGACGGGGGGCCCUACACCCCGCAGUACACCCCCGAGACGAGGCCCAAACACUUGCAGCAUCUAGACAGCUGCUCCGUGUCCAGCUCCGGCUCUGCUGCCCUGGAUGAGAAACCACACAGUCAGACCUAUGCAGGAGACACAGACAGCGCCACCUUCAGUGCCCCGCCAGAGGAGGAGAGCAACUUCUCCUCGUUCCUGGAGGAUGAAGAUGACGAGAUCCGUGUAUGAGAUUUUCAAAGCUGACGAAAAAAGUAGGACAGAGCUCUGGGAGGGGGGUUUGUGUGAAACUAGCAAGUCCUUUGACAGAGUGGAUUUACACUUGGAAAGACACUGUAGUCGUCUGCUGUGGGAAUGGGACUGUGAAUGGGAAUUUGUGACAUGGGAGGCUUACUUUGAACGUCUGUGAAGACUGUGCCUGCUCCUGUAGGAUGGGCCAAACUCCAUCUGUCGGAGAGCCUUACCCUCCACUGUGUGUCAAUCCAUCCCUCCCUGUUGAACACUCAGAGAAGUGACAUGGAAGAGCAGCCGCCUUUUUUUUUUUUUUUUUUUUGAACAGGGAACAUUCCAGACGUGCGCUGGGAGGAAUGGGUUAGAAAGGAACUUUUUUUUUUUUUGUAAGAAAAACACUUUCCAUAACUAAAGCUCGAUUCACACGCGCUCUCUCUUUUCUCACUUGACGUGUCACAUGUGCUUUUCUCUCUCUCUCUCUCUCUCGUUCGCUCUGCCUCUCUGUUGUUGUUGUUGUUGUGUUUUCUCUCUCUGGCUGUGGGACAUCAUGAGGCCUGAGCCCGAACAGAAGGUCUCUGUCAACACAACAGGACCACUGGUGGGUGCCUUGUCACAGUAAAAAAUGGGCUGUGUUUGUCACUGGAGAGUGAAGUCCUGCCUUGAGCCUCUCUCGUCUUAAGACAAAUAUUAUACUAAAGUACCACUGAUCCGUCAAUUUUCUCCCUUAUGUAACAUCAGGGUCCUUGCAACGCUGCACAGAGGCUGCCAUUUCCUGCUGCAAAGCGAGACCACAGAGCCCAAACCCCAAAUUCUCUUCUGUUUUUAAUUCGGCGUGAGCGCCACACAGACUCGGACUCGGUGUGAAUUAAAGAACACGUAAAAGCUUAUGGAGAUACAUCAGCCUGAUUUAACUGAAGGAUGAUGUUACUACACGAAACUGGAGGAGUGAGGAGUCGUGUGUGUGGCACCCUGGAGAAGGGCCGCGCGUUUUUUUUUUUCUCGUCUCGUGUCAAUGAACAUACUCUUUUAUUUCACUCUUCUCAUAGAUUUCCGUGAACCGGCACGAAAUGACUAGCUUCCUUUCGAUCAAUCUGCCAAACUGACACAGAAAACCACUUCCUUCCUUGUUUUUUAUACAUCUGAGAGACUGCAGCGGUUCAACUGAAUUCAGUUAAAGAUUAUAAUUCUCUUUAAACCCGGGGGUGCCUUUUAUGUGUAAAAACAGUUCCAAAACUACUUUAGGGUUAAGGGUUUGUACUGAUGGAGGAAAAAAAAGAAUUGCACCAGCCGGCACUAUUAGACCACACACUACUUCUGUACGUGUCUAAUACCUGGUGAUGUUAAAUUUGUUUUGCUAUGUAUGAGAAAUAUUUGGCUGUUUUUGAAGAGCGGAUGAGAAAGAAGACACAGCCAGCAAUAGAUGCAAGGGGCAUUUUAGAAGACUUGCUAUUUUUAUGCAAGUUGCUUUGUCAUUGCAGCUUGACUGUAUCUCUUGCGUCAUGAAUAAAAAAAAUAAAAUAAAAAAAGAUGCAGUGGCCAGAAGUAUUGAGGCUCAGUGGCGCUGAUUGAUGUCACUGCCUUAACUGAAACUGACAUGUGCCAAAUGAUUAAUUUUCUCGCCAAAAAAAAAAAAGAUUCAGUGGCGAGGCUCUCUUUCUGGGAGAGCCGGUCACAUCUGCCUGUCGCCUCCCUCUAUGUUUGGAUAAUCACUGUGGAGUUCAGCUCGAGUUCAGCUUGCAGGUUUAAAAAAAAUAAGAAAAAAAGAUGGAAAUAAAUGGUGUUUUUAAGAUGUGCUACCAUGCAGAAAAAGCAAAACAAAUGAACUUGCAUAACUGGAUAUUUAUAUUGCCAAUCGCUCACACACUACAUAAUAUAUUCAGGUAAUUUCCAGAGUAAAUCUUGUGCGAAUGGGAAGUUGUCCGUGUUGCUUUGUUCCGUAUUAUGUAUAUUCUGCCUUACUGUCGUUUUCUCCUACAGUAUAUUUACAGCCUUUUUUCUGUAUUAUCCAAAAUAACCUAUAUUUUUCAAUAAAAUAAAGUCUGAACAUA